AUGCAUAGCUUGAAGUCAGGCAUUAAACACCACGGAAUGAGAGCAGAAUUGGCGGCCAUUCGCGAUUCUCACGGUCUAAACUGCAAUAGCCUUGGGGCGAGUGUCCCAGUUGUGUCCAUGAUACAAGUGCCGAGUUUGCGCGACAAUCGACUCUGCCACAAACCUUUCCCAUCACCAAACCUGAACCUGAACCUGAACCUGAACCUGAACCUGGACAACAAUUUGUACCCCAAUCAUCCGCCUCUUGACCAGAAUAGCCGUUCUCCUACCGUCAUCCCACCCAGAGUACCCACGACUUCCUCAAUUGCAGCCCACCCGGUUGAACACUUGUCCAACAGCUAUCACUCCGUGAUUCCACAUUCAUCCCGGCCACCAACGGCCAGCAACCGACUGGAAUCCCACGUGGCUUCAACUUCCAAAAUUACGCCAUGA